UAUUCACAACACCGAGGCGGAGUUCAACGACUUCCAGCGCCGUUACUUUCUGCUUCACGGAUUCUUUUCUAAAGUAACAUUCAGUAAAUCACAUUAACGUGAGUUUACUGGAUAAACUUUGUGUUUUUAACCGGAUAUUUUUAGCAGACUACCAGCGGAUCAGAGGAGGAAGAAGACGGUAGAAUGUCUGCUGGAACUUCUGAGUUCUUCUGUCUGAUCUGCGCUCUGCUCUCUACCUGUACAGCUCUGACAGCUGAUCUUGGACAGAAUGUCACCAUGCCGUGUCAAUUUUUUGGCAACAAACACAACAACAUCACAUUGUUAAAGUGGAGCAGACCUGAUCAGGGACCAGACAGCUACAUUCUUCUGUAUGAAGAUGGACGCUUUCAUCCAGACAAGCAGCUUCCGUCUUAUAAGGACCGGGUGUAUCUGGAGGACAUGGAGACGAGGGACUUUUCUCUCAUUCUGAUGAACGUGACGAUGGAGGACAGAGGACCAUACGAGUGUGAUUUUGUAGAGGAAGGAUGGAAUCAACUCAGCAGAACCACCUCCACCACCUUCCUGGAAGUUGUUGAACCAGGAAACAAGGAUGGAAACACCGGAGAUGGAGGGAACAAGACUAGAGUCAUUGUAGGAUCAAUAUUGGGUGUGAUUCUUCUUCUUGCUGUGUUGGGUUCUGUUGGUUUCCUGAUCUAUAGACGACUCAUGAAGAAGAAUCCAAACCUCCCAGUUCCUUCUGAUGAAGCAGCAGCUGGACAGAUGUUAUGAAGCAACAACAUGAAAGUUUUUCUGAACAGAAUAUACCAAAAUAUACAGAAGUACUCGUUCUAAAAGUAUCAUUACUGCACAUAUCAGAGGUGUUGCACUGAUUUUUUCUUGAUGAAUAGAAGGAUAUUAUGUAGUGGACUGAGGAGCAGAACAUUCCAGAUCAACACCUAAAGAUCCAGAGACUCUUUCCCAAAGCACUAAAACUUGGUAAGAAACCAUUUUAGGAGACAUCUAAUUCAAAACUCACCUCCAAAUGGAACAUCUGCUGAUGGGAUGUUUCCUACUGAAGAACCACUGACGGCUCUCUUGGAGACAACAGGAUGCCUCAUACCCCCACCAGAAUCUGAUAAGGGUCAUAAAGGGUCAACUGUUUGGAAAACCACACCUCUAGAGAAGAGGACUGGCAUUCUUCAGUGACCUUCUGAUCUCCAUACCUAACAGUCAGAACCUGCUCUGCAGGAAUGAAUUGAAGAGUUUAAAUCAGAACAUGAAGGAAAUGCAGCAUCACCAGAGUGAAGAUCUGGACUCAUUCUCUGAUAGCAGGUUGAUCAGGACCAGGAUGGAAGAAGAACUCAUCUGAAGUGUUUGUGGAGAAGCUCACAGGAGACACCAACACCUCCUUCUGUCAUCACAGACCACAACCAUGAAGGCAGAGAGACUGUUUACUCUCAGCAGAUGUACUUCCUAGGUCUUAUUCUUCUUCUUAUUGAAUGUAGAUACAGGAGGUCCUGGACUUUUCCCCAAAGUUCCGUUCCUACGGAUUGAUGUCAGGCGAUUUUCACUGUAAGUUGGAACUCUGGCGAACAUGUAUCAAAGCUGUUAUGUACAUCACAACAUCAAUCAGUUCUUCACCUAAGUCAUGAAUACCAGUGACUUUCAUUUAUGUCUGAAUCAUUUUACAAGAAGAUAACAGAAUAUGUUGCUCUGUUUUUACAGCUUGAUCUAAUAAUGCUGAUGUUCGUGGGCAUCUCGCCCUGUUCCCAGCAUUUAUUAUUAAUUAUAACUAAUUUCACUUCCAUGGAGACGGCUUUCUUUUUCUUCCAAGCAUCAGAAGAGUCUGACUCGUGCUACGUGUCCAUGAGAUCUGUUUUUCCAACAAACCAACAUUUUCAGACCGACAUGGCGGUUUGGCUGCAAACGUUCUCUUUUAUUUCAAAAAGAUUUACAUGAAAAGUAUUUCUGAAAGCAUUUGAGGCGAGAAAUAAUCUGUGCAGCAGCUAAAUCUGUGCUUGUUUUAGUUCGACUAGUUUAGAUGUUUGACAAAAAUUUCAUGAUGCGUUGGACCUCCGCUGCCCGCAACAAAUUUACAUAAAGUAGAAGUGGAGUCUACUUUAUGUAAAUGAGCUUUGGCUCAUUUACAUAAAGUACACUCGACUUCUACUUUAUGUAAAUGAGCUGCGGCUCAUUUGCAUAAAGUACACUCGACUUCUACUUUAUGUAAAUGAGCUGCGGCUCAUUUGCAUAAAGUACACUCGACUUCUACUUUAUGUAAAUGAGCUGCGGCUCAUUUGCAUAAAGUACACUCGACUUCUACUUUAUGUAAAUGAGCUGCGGCUCAUUUGCAUAAAGUACACUCGACUUCUACUUUAUGUAAAUGAGCUGCGGCUCAUUUGCAUAAAGUACACUCGACUUCUACUUUAUGUAAAUGAGCUGCGGCUCAUUUGCAUAAAGUACACUCGACUUCUACUUUAUGUAAAUGAGCUGCGGCCCACUCCGGAGAGAUGCACUGGAUCGCAGCUCAAACCACCGCAACCAAACCAGCAUGCAACAUGCGGUGCAUUUCACAUAGACAAUGAAUGGGAUGCAGGAAAUUGCCGGAUCUAGUGGAGACGUACCUUUAUGCUUAGGAGCCAUAAUGAAGGACAAAAAGUUAGUGAAUGUAACACAAUCCAAGGUGGAGUACAACCAGAGAAUGGAAACAAAGCCGUCUGACAGCAGUGAUGACGGAUUCAUCCGCUCCACUCUCCAACUAGUUCCACAUAACCAGUUCUGAUGUAACAAUGAAAUGCUGUAGGUCGAGGACGCCGUAAACCGAGGACCUCCUGUACUUGUGUUUUUAGCCAUGUUAUGAGUUUACCUUCAUGUUGUCUAAAGUCUACAAUUUGUAAGUUUAUUCUUAUGUUUAAACCUUUCAUUAUUAUCCCACAAACCAAAUGAGACAUACAUGUUGUGUUUGGUGUCAUUCUAAUCACCUAUUCAAUAUUAUUUUGGAUCUGUGAUUGUCAUUGAUGUUUAUCAGUUGGAAUUCUACAUUUAAGAAAUGAACUAAGAGUAAGUUCUACAGGUAUCUGGCCUCUGACCUCCCAGACAGUGAAACUUAACACCACCCCUUAGGAGGAACACAUCCAUGGUGCUGAUUUAAAUCUGGCUCUGAAACUUUCUACAUAGAGGAAAGUAACUGGAAUACAAGGUUUUUAAGAAAAGUGCAACUUGCCGGCCUUAAGAACAGAACUCAGCUUUGAAGGCAGAAGAAGAGGGCUCAAGCUCAGAGAAACUCAUGAUGACUUAAACUAAAACAAAGGGUUUAAUCUGGCUUAUUUUAUGAUGGCUUAAAGAAACAAAUAACUUUAAACUGGGGUUCGUUUUUCUGUAUUUUACUUAAAGUUGGACUUCUUAAGUUCACUUUAAUAAAACAACAGUGUGAACAUUUUCUGUAUAACUAUGAGCUUUGACUCUUAGUGUUUUUACUUCGGCUCUUUUCCAACACAAACCUGCCAGAGUUCCUCCUGGUCUGUGUUCCUGAACAUCUCAUCCAUCAUCUCAGCUCCACAUCCAUCUUCCUCCUAAAGGCCACACAGGUUCACUUUCCUUCUGAUAAACAGUCAGUUUACAAAUGAUUAGAGUGAUUCUAAAUUCAUCGGCUUCUUACCAGCUGCUUCCAGUGACAAUCACAGUUCAUUAGUUUAUCUGCAUUUAUUCAUUCAUUUAUCCACUGUGUGUUGUUGUUUAUUGUUUGUUCAUAAUUAAUAAAUGUUUGUGUGUAAUUAUCA